GCUUCGAGACCCAACGGCUGGCGAGGUCCCAACAACGUCCGCCGUGCGGUCUUUGGCAGCACGGAUGGCUUCUCUGUUGGUCUGAGCGCAGCCCAUGAGCCCGUGCCUUCGCGAACGCUGAAGGCGGCUUUCCGUGAAAUCGACCGGGACCAAGAUGGGCUCGUGAGCGCUCCGGAGAUUGUCCGAGCUCUGCGCCGCUGUG